AUGGUGCAUGGUGCCCCCGCGUCCUAUGGGUCUGGUUACCAGGCGCAUGGUUCCCACGCGCUUGGGUCCGCCAUGUCUGGUACUAGUGUGCCUGAUAUCCCCGUACCUGAAGGUUUCAUUCCUGACUCCUAUGUGCCUGCUCCAUCGGCGCCUAAUGAACCUCCACCUGAUUCGGCUGUGCCUAGUUCAACCGUUCCUGAUUCUGGUGUGCCUGGCUCUGCAGCGCCCGUCACCAGCGCGCCACUUUCUGGACAAGAAGCAGCACAGAGACCACCGGCUCCAGGCAGGCCCAACUGUCCUCCUGGUCUCGAAUACUUGGCACUCAUCGAACAGAUAGUGAUACAACAAAAAGUGGAGCUCCUCGAAGGUAUACAGAACUAG